AUGGAUGACGGCAUAGACGUGGACGAACUUUUUGGAGACCCUACCUCCUUGGAGUUGACACUUCCGACCUCACCUUCAACUUUCAUAUUGUCCAAAAGACUCGAUGAGCUUCGGCAUUCAGGGUGUAACAAGAAGAUAACCUGGUCAAGACUUGGUGCAAUUGCGUACAUAUCGAAUGAUGGGCAAAGAGUGUAUUUGCGAAACGUUUCUUGCAAACCAAACGAUGGGUCAUGGUCUUUGACUGAUCAAAAGGCUGGCUGCCAAAUAGCUGAAGCCCGAAGCGGCCGCGUGUUUUUACACCUUUGUUGGCAUGAAACUGGAACCGACCUUGCGAUCGUUGAUUCUUGCGGGCAUAUCUUGAUAUUAUCGAUGUCAAUCGCGCUAAACGUUUUUGCUGUAUCUCGUUCAACGAUGGCUGACGUCGAAGAUGAUGGUCACCAACCAAUUGGCUUAAUAUGGCUUUCUGGGAAUCGCCCUGUGAGUCUUCGAGAUAUAAACAUGGGAUUGGCUCAUUCUGAUGAGUGA